CAGGCAACCAAUAUAGUCAAUCUGGCAUGCUUCUUAAUAUUGUAUUGACUCGAAUACCUGGCAUUUUCCUAUUAGUCUCGUAGAUGCCACUUCGGCCAUAACCGACAGGUCUCGAUAAUCCACCUGGGGGCCUCUUUUAACGCCUUCAUUGGCACCCAACUCGGCCAGCAAAGCCCAAUUACCUCUGUUCACCCCGAGCAUCGGUCACCAUGGCGCCGCCGCCGGUUCCCGUUAGCGCCAAUCAAGGAGAUGCCCGGCGUCCCAAGGAGCCAUCCACGAUCUACAAACUGAUAAUGACCCCUCUCCUAUUCAUUUCCUUCCUCCUCUCCCUCGCCCUGGUCGACCUCCGCUACUCGGCAAUCCGCGGUCAUUAUCACGCCGACGCCAACCAGCGCAGCCGCCUCCCCCGAUGGCUGCAUCGUAUCAUCUACCGGUAUAUCCCUUACCAGUAUGUCGUGGUCGAUGAGCGGGGACGGCCCGUCUCUGAGCAAGCUGCGACCCCGGGUAGUCCGGGAAGCCCGGGAAGUGUGGGUAGUGCGGGAAGCCCGGCUUUGGCAGGUCGGGAGGCGGAGGAUUAUUACCAUAGUAAGCAACGGAAGUUGAUGAAGAUGGAGGCUACCGAGGCGUUUGAGAUCCGGGACGGUGUGUUACUGGUCCUGGGCUUUGUGGGCUUGGGCGUUCUAUGGGUCGCCUGGAGGGCGGUAAGCUGGGGGUUAGGAGCUAUGGGGACGUGGGUUUCUUGAGAGGACAAUGGUGAUCAUGGCGGAUGAUUUACGGUCGAUAUGAGCUUUGGGUGGUGCGAGUGUGGCAAUUGCAUCCCCCCCUGAAACAUGGAGCGGAAAUGUUGGGUACAUAAAAAAUAUCUGGAAGGAUGCCGGCACUCUCGGGCUU